AUGCCGCAAAACCCCAUCCUUGAGCUUGAAGUUUUUGAUGUGUGGGCUAUAGACUUCAUGGGCCCUUUCAUUUCUUCACAUGGGAACAAGUAUAUUUUGGUUGCCGUUGACUACGUAUCCAAGUGGGCGGAGGCCGUAGCUUCUCCAACGAAUGACUCUAAGGUGGUGGUCAAUCUUUUCAAGAAAGUGAUCUUUCCAAGAUUUGGUGUUCCAAAAGCAAUAAUUAGUGACGGGGGAUCGCACUUUAAGCACCAUACCUUCGUUCGACUACUUGAUAAAUAUGGGGUGUCUCACAAGCGAGGGCUUGCUUACCACCCUCAAACGAGUGGUCAGGCGGAGGUCACCAAUAGAGAGCUCAAGGUGAUUUUGGAGAAGACGGUUGCUAGGACUAGGAAGGAUUGGUCCUCCAAACUCAUUGAUUCACUAUGGGCGUAUAGGACCGCCUUCAAAACUCCAAUAGGGACCACUCCCUACAAACUUGUCUAUGAAAAAAAAUUUCAUUUGCCCGUAGAGAUGAAGCAUCGAACGCAUUGGGCAAUCAAGAAAAUCAACUUUGAUCUCCAUAGUGCAGGUGAGCAAAGGCUUCUAGAGCUACAUGAGUUAGAGGGGUUGAGGAUGAAUGCCUACGAUAGCGCAAGCAUGUAUAAGGCGCGGACUAAGGCUUGGCACGAUGCUCAAAUUGUCAACAAGGAAUUCGUCAAAGGCCAAAAAGUCCUCCUAUUCAACUCCCGCUUGAAGCUUUUCCCGGGCAAACUAAGGUCAACGGUCACCGUCUCAAGCCCUAUUAUGAAGGAUUCCCAAGUGAUGAACUGA